AUGGAUAUAAAGUUCAACAGUGUUGCGGACUUGCUUCAAACAAAUAUUUGCCGAUGUUGCUUGAGAAACAUUCCAUGUUAUUACAAAAACAUUUCAGAAGAGUAUUAUUCGUCUGGGACUAAAAGAAACUAUGAAGAGAUGUUAUUGAAUACAUUUAAUAUUCAGUUUUCUCAAUAUGACGUUGAAGGUUACCUAUCAUACAUAUGUGAGGAGUGCUCAGCAAAGAUCCGAGAGGCUUCUGCAUUUAAAGACAUGGUGCUCAGUAGUGAAGAGAGAUUUGCGAAGCUGAUGGACAGACUUCAAUAUGGAAAUUCAGAAAUACAAGCAGAGAAUGAAGUUAAAGUGGAACAUAUAAAAUCUGAAUCGUCAGCUGCAACGGACUUUUGUGAUGAUAGUAUGGAUGACAAUGAAAUUCUGGCUAAUAUAAAACUAGAACUGACACAGAAUGGUGACUUGGAAUCAGAAGUCAACAAGAACAACCACGACAGAAAGCUUAAAUUAAGAAAGAAAAGCAGAUUAAAAUCUGAAAUAGGUAAAGAUCAAAAGGAUUGGACUAAAAUAGCCGAGCGACGGGGAAACGGGCCCAUACUUAGAGAGAAUUCAUUAAAACUACUUGCGAAUUCAACUAUUUUUGUUUUCCAAUGGAAUAAGAGUCGAUACAGAUGUUUUUGUUGCAAAGAACCAUUCUCAGACGUUAAAUCACUUCGAGAACACACGACAACAAAACACAAUUUGAAGUCAAUAGAAAAGAAAAUUAUAAAUCAACAAAAUCGCCUCGUCAAAGUUGAAAUUUCGGAAUUAAAAUGUAACCUGUGCUCUCAAAAUCAGCAGAAUUUAGAAAUUCUCAGAGAUCAUUUAAUUGAAUCUCAUAAAAUUCAGUUUGAAUCAAAAGAGGAUUUACUGGUACCUUUUAAAAUAAAUGACAAUUUAGCAUGUCAAAUUUGCAGCGAAAAGUUCAGUGUAUUUAGGCUAUUAAACAUACAUAUGAAUAGACAUUUUCAAAAGCAAGUCUGCCAUAUUUGUGGCGCUGCUUUUUCUAAUUUGGUGUUUCUAAAUUUACACAAAACCAGAUACCAUAAACCACUCAAAUGUCAUCUUUGUGAUCUAAAUUUCAAUAACAAAAUUGAGAAAAAAAAUCACGAUAUUUUGGUGCAUAAUGUUAAAUUUGAAAGAAAAUUGAGGUUUCCCUGUCCUUACUGCAACGAAAGAUUUUACCAAGAAAACAUAAGAGUACAACAUUUAGUUGAGAAACAUGGUCUCAAAAGACCUGAAUACAGAUGUAGUAUUUGUUCAAAAGCCUUUAUUACAAAGAGUUUGUGCAAUAAUCAUUUAAAAACUGUACAUUUGAAGGAGAAACAUCACGAAUGUGAAAUUUGUCAUAACUUUUUUUAUACAAAAUCCAGCGUCGCAAGACACAUGGUGACGCACACCGGCGAGAAGAAUUAUUCCUGUGCAAUGUGCAAUAAUCCUUUCGCAAGUAAAGAUUCUCUACGAAGACAUAUGCGUAGAACGCAUGGCGUACAUUAA